AUGGCGGACUGGGGACCGGUGUUCAUCGCGGUGGUGCUCUUCAUCCUGCUGACGCCGGGGCUGCUGAUCCAGUUGCCGGGGAAGAGCAAGUUCGUGGAGUUCGGCAACUUUCAGACCAGCGGACUGUCGAUCAUGAUCCACGCAAUCAUCUACUUCGCCCUCAUUGCCAUCUUCCUGCUGGCGAUCGGAGUCCACAUGUACGUCGGCACAUAG